CCGGGCGCCAUGGCGGCCGCCGAGCGCCGCGCCUUCGCGCACAAGAUCAACAGGACGGUGGCCUCUGAGGUGCGGAAGCAGGUGUCCCGGGAGCGCAGCGGCUCCCCGCACUCCAGCCGGCGCAGUGGCAGCUCCCUGGGGGUCCCCCUGACGGAGGUUGUUGAACCCCUGGACUUCGAGGAUGUGCUCCUAAGCCGGCCGCCAGACGCUGAGCCCGGGCCCCUCAGGGAGCUGGUGGAAUUCCCAUGUGAUGACUUGGAGCUGCAGCGGCAGCCCCGGGAGUGCCGGACCACGGAGCCGGGGAUCCCAGAGGAUGGAAAACUGGAUGCCCAGGCGAGGGCUGCUGUGGAGAUGUACACGGAGGACUGGGUCAUCGUGUGCAGAAGGUACCAGCACCUGAGUGCCGCGUACAGCCCCAUCACCACCGAGACGCAGCGGGAGCGGCAGAAGGGCCUCAGCCGCCAGGUCUUCGAGCAGGACACCUCUGGGGACGAGAGAUCGGGCCUGGAGGACUCGGAUGACUCCCGGCGCUGCUCUGGCUCCCCGGAGGACACCCCUCGAAGCAGCGGUGCCUCUGGCAUCUUCGACCUGAGGAACCUGGCAGCCGACUCCCUGCUGCCCUCCCUGCUGGAGCGGGCGGCCCCCGAGGACGUGGACCGGCGCAACGAAGCCCAGCGGCGGCAGAACCGGCCCCGCGCGCUGCUCACCCUCUACCCGGCACCUGACGAGGAUGAGGCUGUAGAACGCUGUAGCCACCCGGAGCCACCCCGAGAGCACUUUGGACAGAGGAUCCUGGUCAAGUGUCUGUCGCUCAAGUUCGAGAUAGAAAUUGAGCCCAUCUUCGGGAUCUUGGCCCUGUACGACGUGCGGGAGAAGAAGAAGAUUUCAGAAAACUUCUACUUUGACCUGAACUCAGAUUCCAUGAAGGGGCUGCUUCGUGCCCAUGGCACCCACCCCGCCAUCUCCACCCUGGCCCGCUCCGCCAUCUUCUCCGUGACCUAUCCCUCACCCGACAUUUUCCUGGUCAUCAAGUUGGAGAAGGUGCUCCAGCAAGGGGACAUCAGUGAAUGCUGUGAGCCCUACAUGGUGAUGAAGGAGGUGGACACGGCCAAGAACAAAGAGAAGCUGGAGAAGCUGCGCCUGGCAGCCGAGCAGUUCUGCACCCGCCUGGGCCGGUACCGCAUGCCCUUCGCCUGGACGGCGGUGCACUUGGCCAACAUCGUGAGCAGCGCGGGGCAGCCGGACCGCGACUCGGACUCGGAGGGCGAGCGCCGACCCGCCUGGACUGACCGCCGCCGUCGGGGACCCCAGGACCGAGCGAGUAGCGGGGAUGAUACCUGCAGCUUCUCUGGCUUCCGCCCGGCCACAUUGACUGUCACCAACUUUUUUAAGCAGGAAGCGGAACGGCUCAGUGAUGAGGACCUCUUUAAAUUCCUGGCGGACAUGCGGCGUCCAUCGUCCCUGCUGCGGCGUCUGCGGCCUGUGACCGCCCAGCUCAAGAUCGACAUUUCCCCAGCCCCCGAGAACCCCCAUUUCUGCCUCUCCCCUGAGCUGCUUCACAUCAAGCCCUACCCAGACCCCCGGGGCCGGCCCACUAAGGAGAUCCUGGAGUUCCCUGCACGCGAGGUCUACUCUCCCCACACCUGCUACAGGAACCUGCUCUACGUGUACCCGCACAGCCUCAACUUCAGCAGCCGCCAGGGCUCCGUGCGCAACCUCACUGUGCGAAUCCAGUACAUGGCUGGCGAGGACCCCAGCCAGGCCCUGCCGGUCAUCUUUGGCAAGUCCAGCUGCAGCGAAUUCACACGUGAGGCCUUCACCCCUGUGGUCUACCAUAACAAGUCCCCUGAGUUCUACGAGGAGUUCAAGCUGUGCCUUCCGGCCUGCGUCACCGACAACCACCACCUGCUCUUCACCUUCUACCACGUCAGCUGCCAGCCCCGGCCGGGAACCGCCCUGGAGACGCCCGUGGGCUUCACUUGGAUCCCGCUGCUGCAGCACGGCCGCCUGAGGACUGGCCCCUUCUGCCUCCCUGUGUCCGUGGACCAGCCGCCACCCAGCUACUCCGUGCUCACACCCGACGUGGCGCUGCCGGGCAUGCGCUGGGUGGACGGCCACAAGGGUGUGUUCAGCGUGGAGCUCAUGGCCGCGUCCUCUGUCCACCCCCAGGACCCACACCUGGACAAAUUCUUCACUUUGGUGCACGUGCUGGAGGAGGGGGCCUUUCCGUUCCGACUCAAGGACGCGGUGCUGAGCGAGGGCACCGUGGAGCAGGAGCUACGGGCCAGCCUGUCGGCGCUGCGCCUUGCCAGCCCCGAGCCCCUGGUGGCCUUCUCCCACCAUGUGCUGGACAAGCUCGUGCGCCUUGUGGUGCGGCCCCCCGUCAUCAGUGGCCAGAUGGUGAACCUGGGCCGUGGAGCCUUUGAAGCAAUGGCCCAUGUAGUCAGCCUCGUCCACCGGAGCCUGGAGGCAGUCCAGGAUGCCCGUGGUCACUGCCCGCUGCUGGCUGCCUACAUCUACUACGCCUUUCGCCUUCCUGGUGCUGAGCCCAGCCUUCCAGGUGGGGUCCCUCCGGUGACUGUGCAGGCUGCCACACUGGCCCGUGGUUCCGGCCGCCCUGCAAGCCUCUACCUGGCCCGUUCUAAGAGUGUGAGCAGCAGCAACCCCGACCUGGCUGUGGCCCCUGGCUCCGUGGAUGAUGAGGUUUCCCGCAUCCUGGCCAGCAAGGGCGUCGAUCGCUCACACUCCUGGGUGAAUUCUGCUUAUGCUCCAGGAGGCACCAAGGCUGUGCUGCGGCGGGCGCCCCCUUAUUGUGGGGCCGACCCCAGACAGGCCAUCGACUGCAGCUCUAGCCGAGCCUCCUCCUACCUCGAGGCCUCCUCCACGGCCCUGCCAGCCCCCCAGCCGAGACCCACUGUGCAGAAGCUGCUUCACGAGGAGCUGGCCCUGCAGUGGGUGGUGAGCAGCAGCGCUGUGCGCGAGGCCGUCCUGCAACACGCCUGGUUCUUCUUCCAGCUCAUGGUGAAGAGCAUGGCUCUGCACCUGCUUCUGGGCCAGCGGCUGGACACGCCCCGCAAGCUGCGCUUCCCUGGGCGCUUCCUGGAUGACAUCACUGCCCUGGUGGGCUCUGUGGGCAUGGAGGUCAUUACUCGCGUCCACAAGGACGCAGAGCUGGCCGAACGCCUCAACGCCAGCCUGGCCUUCUUCCUCAGUGACCUCCUGUCCCUGGCAGACCGCGGCUUCGUCUUCAACCUGGUGCGAGCUCACUACAAGCAGGUGGCCACGCGGCUACAGUCCGCCCCUAACCCCACAGCGCUGCUGACCCUCCGCUUGGACUUCACCCGCAUCCUGUGCAGCCACGAGCACUACGUGACCCUCAACCUCCCCUGCUGCCCCCUGUCACCCCCGGCCUCGCCUUCCCCAUCUGUGUCCUCCACAACCUCCCAGAGCUCCACCUUCUCCAGCCAGGCCCCGGACCCCAAGGUGGCCAGCAUGUUCGAGCUGAGCGGACUGUUCCGGCAGCAGCACUUUCUGGCCGGGCUCCUGCUGACGGAGCUGGCUCUGGCCCUGGAACCUGAGGCCGAAGGGGCAUCCCUCUUGCACAAGAAGGCCAUCAGCGCCGUGCACACCCUGCUGUGCAGCCACGACACGGACCCCCGCUACGCCGAAGCCACCGUGAAGGCCCGCGUGGCCGAGCUGUACCUGCCGCUGCUGUCACUCGCACGGGACACUCUGCCACGGCUACAUGACUUUGCUGAGGGCCCAGGCCAGCGGUCAAGACUGGCCUCCAUGCUCGACUCAGACACUGAAGGCGAAGGGGAUAUUGGAAGUACCAUCAACCCAUCGGUGGCCAUGGCCAUUGCGGGUGGCCCCCUGGCCCCUGGCUCCCGGACCAGCAUCUCACAGGGCCCUCCAACCGCAUCUCGCUCCGGCUGCCCGCUUUCUGCUGAGUCCAGCCGGACGUUGCUGGUGUGCGUGCUGUGGGUCCUGAAAAACGCAGAGCCAGCCCUCCUGCAGCGCUGGGCUGCUGACCUGGCCCUGCCGCAGCUGGGGCGGCUCCUGGAUCUGCUGUACCUCUGUCUGGCGGCCUUCGAGUACAAGGGGAAAAAGGCCUUCGAGCGCAUCAACAGCCUCACGUUCAAGAAGUCACUGGACAUGAAGGCCCGGCUAGAGGAGGCCAUCCUGGGCACCAUCGGGGCGCGGCAAGAGAUGGUGCGGAGGAGUCGCGAGAGGAGCCCAUUUGGGAACCAGGAGAAUGUUCGAUGGCGCAAGAGCGUUACACACUGGAAACAAACAUCAGACCGCGUGGACAAGACCAAGGAUGAAAUGGAGCAUGAGGCCUUGGUGGAUGGGAACCUGGCAACAGAGGCCAGCCUGGUGGUUCUGGACACGCUGGAAAUCAUCGUUCAGACGGUGAUGCUGUCAGAGGCGCGAGAAAGCGUCUUGGGCGCGGUACUGAAGGUUGUGUUGUACAGUCUGGGCAGCGCCCAGAGUGCCCUCUUCUUGCAGCAUGGCCUGGCCACCCAGCGGGCUCUGGUGUCCAAGUUCCCAGAGCUGCUGUUCGAGGAGGACACGGAGCUGUGUGCCGACCUCUGCUUGAGGCUCCUGCGACACUGUGGCAGCCGCAUCAGCACCAUCCGCACGCACGCCAGCGCCUCCCUGUACCUGCUCAUGCGCCAGAACUACGAGAUCGGCCAUAACUUUGCCCGUGUGAAGAUGCAGGUGACCAUGUCACUGUCGUCCCUUGUGGGGACAACGCAGAACUUCAGUGAAGAGCACCUGCGACGGUCCCUCAAGACCAUCCUUACCUACGCUGAGGAGGACGUGGGGCUGCGGGAUAGCACCUUCGCAGAGCAGGUGCAGGACCUGAUGUUCAACCUGCACAUGAUCCUGACCGACACGGUGAAGAUGAAGGAGCACCAGGAGGACCCCGAGAUGCUCAUCGACCUCAUGUACCGGAUCGCCCGGGGCUACCAGGGCUCCCCGGACCUGCGGCUGACGUGGCUGCAGAACAUGGCGGGGAAGCACGCGGAGCUGGGCAACCACGCAGAAGCCGCCCAGUGCAUGGUGCACGCCGCCGCCCUUGUGGCCGAGUACCUGGCCCUGCUUGAAGACAGCCGCCACCUGCCUGUGGGCUGUGUGUCCUUCCAGAACAUCUCGUCCAACGUGCUGGAGGAGUCCGCCAUCUCCGACGACAUCCUGUCUCCUGACGAGGAGGGCUUCUGCUCUGGGAAGCACUUCACCGAGCUGGGGCUGGUGGGGCUGCUGGAGCAGGCGGCCGCCUACUUCACCAUGGGUGGGCUCUAUGAGGCAGUGAAUGAAGUCUACAAGAACCUCAUCCCCAUCCUGGAAGCCCACCGUGACUAUAAGAAGCUGGCCUCAGUACACGGCAAGCUGCAGGAAGCCUUCACAAAGAUCAUGCACCAGAGCUCCGGCUGGGAGCGUGUAUUCGGGACGUAUUUCCGAGUGGGCUUCUAUGGCGCACGUUUUGGGGACCUGGACGAGCAGGAGUUUGUGUACAAGGAGCCCUCAAUCACCAAGUUGGCUGAGAUCUCCCACCGAUUAGAGGAGUUCUACACAGAGAGGUUUGGGGACGAUGUGGUGGAGAUCAUCAAAGAUUCUAACCCCGUGGACAAGUCCAAGCUGGAUCCACAGAAGGCCUACAUCCAGAUCACUUAUGUGGAGCCGCACUUCGACACUUACGAGCUCAAGGACCGCGUGACCUACUUUGACCGCAACUACGGGCUGCGAGCCUUCCUGUUCUGCACGCCCUUCACGCCAGAUGGGCGCGCACACGGGGAGUUGCCCGAGCAGCACAAGCGCAAGACCCUGCUCAGCACUGAGCACGCCUUCCCCUACAUCAAGACGCGCAUCCGUGUGUGCCACCGGGAGGAGACAGUGCUUACACCAGUGGAGGUGGCCAUCGAGGACAUGCAGAAGAAGACACGGGAGCUGGCCUUUGCCACUGAACAGGACCCUCCAGAUGCCAAGAUGCUACAGAUGGUGCUGCAGGGCUCUGUGGGGCCCACUGUGAACCAGGGUCCCUUGGAGGUGGCUCAGGUAUUUUUGGCAGAGAUCCCAGAAGACCCCAAGCUCUUCCGGCAUCAUAACAAACUGCGGCUUUGCUUCAAGGACUUCUGCAAGAAAUGUGAGGACGCUCUGCGGAAGAACAAAGCCCUGAUUGGGCCUGACCAGAAGGAGUACCACCGCGAACUGGAGCGCCACUACUGCCGCCUGCGGGAAGCGCUGCAGCCCCUGCUCACCCAGCGCCUGCCCCAGCUGCUGGCCCCAACCCCAGCCAGCCUCAGGAACUCUCUGAACAGAGCAAGUUUUCGGAGGGCAGACCUCUGAGCCCAGAGGACCAGCAUCCAGGCCUCAGCUGUCUGUGCCUUGCUGGGAGUCGCCCCUACUGCCCUCUCAGCCUCAGGGUGUCUGCACUGUACUUGGGGUUGAGCCCUCUGCUCCUCUGUCUGUCUGCUCCUGUCUGUGUGCACUGAU